AUGAUGAUGAGACAGAAGCACGCACAUAGCUCGAAGAAAAGAAAGACCCAUAAUCAUGUCCAAUCGACGAGUUACCACAACUCGACUGCAACGACAUCUUCGGAUUUCGCAGGGUUUAUAGAUCCCAUCUUAGAUGGAUCAGCGAUCUUCGAUGAGUUAUCCCAAAAAAGGCAAGCUAAUCUUACCAAUUUUCUCUUCUGGAUCGACGAUACAGACACUACGCGGAAUCGUAUCAAUGGAGAUGAAGUGCCAAUGGCAUCUAUACAGCACAUCUCGGGAAAUCUGGCCUCAACAGAUCCCUACGCAAACGCGCUGGACAAGUUGAGCACCACCAUGCCAGAUUUCCUGGGAAAUUCGAGUCACGAAGAGCAAUCGAUGAUGGACCACAGCGGGAAGCAUCGAUGUUGGGACCACGGGUGCAACGGGCGAGAAUUCUCAUCCAAGAGCAACUUCGUGAGGCACGUAAAAGAGAGGUCGGGGGCCAGCACCAAGGGCGUCUGUCCGCUAUGCGGGGCAAUUUUCACACGCAACUCGGCCAGAGACACGCAUCUUGCCAAGCAGAGCUGCAACAGGAUACGUCGAUACUCCAAUGGCCGGCCGCGCCCCAGUCGCCUCGCUGUCCUGGGCAACCCGCGCCUCGCAGCUGCAGCCGCUGCCGCUACGCAGGACAUCCAUUGGCAGGCGGUCGACUGGGGCACUGGGGACAUGGGAGAUUCGACAAGUGCCGCCGGACUAUCAGCUCCAAAUUGA